GUAACAACUAAACAACAACCUUAUUGACCCUUUUUUAGGGCUCUUGAUUUUAAUUUUUAAACUUUUUUAUUCUAACAGCAUGAAUGGCAGGGUUCGGGGUGUUCUGUGUUGCGUGUGUGUUAAUUUAUUACUUCGUUGCAUUAAUUUUACCAAAAAUCCUUGCUUGGUUAUGUAAGCAACGAUUCAGAAUAGAUGUUCAAAUAGGAAAGAUAUCUUUUUUCUAUUUGCGACUUCAGGAUGUGGUCAUCAAGAGAAAUGAGUUUUCUGUGCACAUAGAGGAAGUCAGCUUUCGAAGCAACUUUUUUAGCAGUGAAGUAACCAAAUUACUAGCAGUAGUCUUACGAGAUGUUCGUAUUAAUAAGGAUGUCGGCAAUUACAGUGAGGGUAGCAGGCCUAUCCGCCAUUUGCCAGAUGAUUGGUCGCACAUUGAUUUUCGCAACAAAAAGAUUCCACCCUCCAUAAUUACUUUUGCUCAGUUUAUGGCUGUUCACAUUACGAACUUCAAUGCAAUGUUGCUACACCAACAGUCACCAGAGUGGCUUGUUCAUGCCACUGCAGCAGAGGUCCAUCUGGAUGGUAGUGUCGUUCAUAGUGCGAGGUCUCUCCUAGUUAAUGUGGUGCUUGUAAAUGCAGCAGCCAAAUUGUUGAGACACGCCUCCCAAGAAAGCAACUUACCUCCAUCGCAAACAUGUCUGGGUGAAUUAUCUUUUGGUGUUUCAUUUGAAGCUAUGAUGGCUGCUCAAGGAUCACUCUCUGUUGAGAAACUUCAUGUCAAUUUAGAACAUCUAAAAGCUGUAAUAAAUGAUGGUUUAUAUACAUUUGCUGCCCAACGGAAAGAACAAGAGGGCCAUAGAAAACGAGAACGUAGUCAAAAAGAUUAUAAAAAGAGCAAAGACAAAAAGAGUUCCAGGCAUGAUCUGGUUUCAACCACUCACCCCCAGUUAUAUAGUCCGUCAAUGAUUCUCUCCACUCUUUCUCCUCUGAUUCCAAAAGAAAUGACACUGAAAUUAGAAUAUUCUCUUCUCACUGGUAUGAGAGCUGCAAGCAGUACUGAAUUUCGAGCGUCUUUACACAGUCUCCUAGUCCAAACAAGUUUUGUUUUAAAACUGGCAGGAAUUCAUGGUGAAUCAAUUAUACCUGAAAUAUCUGUUGGACUCCAACUAGAUGAAUUGGAUGUGCGUGAUGAGAGAGAGAAAGUUUUCCUUCUCCAGAAAUUAACAUUUAAAUCAGGGCUGGAAGGCAAGCUGUUGAAGGUAAAUCUUCGACUGAAUACUCUGUCAGGCACUUACAAUCACCGAGCUGUACACUCCUGGGUGUCCAUGAAUUUCCUUCGCACUGCGCACUCCUUGCACUCUUCAUAUUCCACUCACACUUCUAAUGACUCUCAUCCUGUGAAUUCAUAUCCAAGGGAAAUGGAGGUUGAAGCACAAGACCUUUCAAAAAAAAAUGCUAGUCACAGUUGGAUUUAUGAAAUACUAAGUGGAUGCAAAGUGUCUGGCAGUUUGGAAUUGUUUGAUGUCUCAGCCCGAUUACGAAUGUCAAGUUCUGAAGGGAGUGCCUGCAUUGGAUGUAAUCAUAUCCGCUUAGGACUUGAUCAGGUCCUCAACUCACAUGGUUCUACCUCUAACUACAAUCCAGAGGACUGGUCCGGUGAACUUCUGGUUGAGGCAUUGUGGUGUCGCCUUGGUUUAUCAAGAGUUGAUUCUGAUGUAGAUAUUUAUCAAAGACGACGUUGUCAUGUGUGGGGCACACCUCUCUUUCUUGGUGUUAUGCUUCUUAACAUCCGAGGUCGAGCUGGAAACUUCUACCCUUAUAAACUAGAAGGAAUGCUGGAUAUGUUAUGUGCAGAAUGGAGUCCUCAACUGGCUGCUUUUAUCAUUCAUGCUCAGAAGUGUUACAAUGACUAUAAGCAAAAGAGAGUGGGUACUCAACAACUCAAGACUAAUUCCCAGUUUUUGCCAUGGAUCAGCACAUGUACUGUGAAUGCUAAUAUAACAAAUUCCAACAUAUUUUUCAUUACAGAUCCUCAAGUAGGUGUAAUGGCACGUUUAGACUCCAUCUUAAUGGAGAGAAAUGAAGAAAAAUUAGUUCUGACAUUUGAGGGUUGUAAAGCUGUAUCGCUGGCCCCCUCGGGAAGCCCAUACAACUGCCUGAAGUCAGAAGCAGUAAAAAUAUCAUGUGCCCACAUCCAACAAGCAAGAAUACAAUACCGAAACAAAGGUGUUGCUAUACAGUUAUUAGAGGAUGUUUUUGCUAUGUGGAGUACAAAUCUUCAUCUGAGACUGCUUGCAGUGGGUGAAGAUCUAAAUCAGUUUUUUUCCCAGUUGAUUGACAAGCCUCGUUCCACUUCCUUAGAGGAAGGAAAGGAUAAGGGCAGUGUUUGGAAUGUUCUAGACCAAUUGAAAAUCCUUGCUCCUGGGCAGGUUAAAUUAGGUGUCCAUUUAUCUGAAAACCAUAGUAUGCUUGUGACUUCUGGGGAUUUAUCCUUUCAAAUCAGCUCCCAAAAUAAGGGGUUCACUGCCAGCUCCAUUAUCAUCACUAUUGAUGGUCAUGACAUUUUCCACAUUGAUAACAUUUCCAUAGAAACUCUCCUUGACCAUGAGGAAGUACAACUUGAGCGACAGAAUACAGAAGGUUUCCAGCUUUUAAGGAAUAAAACAAGGGCGACAACUAUUUCCUCAUUCCGUGCCAUAUUCCCUUAUGAACACAAUUUUGCUGAUGCUGUCCGAAAAGAACUAGUCAGCAUUAUAAAGUGGGUGAGAAUGAUUCACUAUCGCCAGAAACCUCCUUUCACCUCCAAAAGCCCUCUUCCAGCAGAUAUGGUUAUAAAGGUGAAAGAGUUUUUGUUUGAAAUGACUGAUGAUCCUUUUGAGGUAAAACUGAGAGACAAUUUUGAACUCCUAGAAGAUGAAUACAAAGAAAGUUUAAAGAGACAAAAGAUGCUGGAUGCAAAGGUCCAGGAACUUUGUAAAGAGCACCUUCUAAUGCCAGCUGGAAAAGUUGAUGAGCUCUACUCAUCUCUAAACAUGAAAAAUGCUGAAAUUUACAUACAGCGCUCUAAGCAAAUGAACCAGACACCUCCCCGAACCAGAUUAUUUGCUUGGCUCAUGUCUGAUUUAGAAAUCAUGGCCCUAGCUGAUCCUUCCAUCCACGGAGCUGAAAAUGUUGUGAAGAACAUGACAGAAAUCGAUCCAGACAGCCCAUGGCCUGAGGAAGGACUGGAAUUCUCUACUUUGUGGUGUCGCUCUGUAUCAGCUUGUUGUAGAGAAUGGAAGUUUCAGUUACGAGAUUUUCCCCAACCCCUAUUGCAUAUUCAAGAAUUAAGUAUUUGGGGCAGGUUGGUGGGAGCAGAACAGGUAGCUCCUAAAAGAGCAAAGCGAGGAGUCACCAUUGAUUUAGGAGAUCCAUGGGGAAAAGUGCAAGUUGAUCGGAGUAUGACAUCUUUGAAAUUUUACCAUGACUUCAACUGUGAUGUUGAAACAUUUAGUUAUGCUUUUGGACCAUGCUGGGAGCCAGUUAUUGCUCAGUGCAAUCUUAGUUUUAGUCAAAUUUCUCCCCCUUCAUUAGACCCUAGCCCAACUCUCCCCUUUUGGGACAAAAUGAGACUUCUUUUCCAUGGUCGACUUACCAUGGUUACAAGAACACUGACAGUGCUUCUUCAUGCUUCUCUAGAUCCCUACAAUACAACAGAAGAAAUGGAAUUAACCUGGAGAGAUGUUGCACUAGACUGGACUAAUGCUAAAGUUGUCUUAAAGGGCUCUCUGCAUGUGUACGUGCGAACUGCUUCAAAGUAUGAUGAUUGUCGGCUUCUAUAUUUACCUGAUUUGCGCCUCACCAUUAAGCUAGGCUGGGUUUGCUUAGCUGACCCGAAUGACCAUCACUCUGUAAUGCCCUGUGCUCCUGAUAAGCUUCCAGAAUAUUCAAGCAACCAGGAACAUGAUUCAUUUAGAGCAUUCCGUUCUCAAAAUCUGAAUGUGAGUAUCUCAAUGGAGACUAAACAAAACACAAAUGCACCCCCAAAAGAAGACCCAAAUAUUGUUCUGCAUGGAAGCACACUUAGAUGGUUUGAGAGCUUAAAACUCAUUCUCUCAGGUGUAACAAGACCUACACGCCGGGGAGCGUUGUUUAAUAAUUGUCGGUCAAAAAAAAGGCAACUUAGCCGACAUUACCGUAAGGUUCACUUGUCUUUAGUUUUGCACUGUUUCCAUGUCAGGUAUUGGAUGUCGUCAUCAAUGCAGCGAGGCUUUGAAGUUUUGGGAGGUCGAGUUACAUGUAGCUCAGAGCAUACCCUUUCUCUGGUUCCAAUUGAUGAUGGUUUAAAACAUCGUCCAAGAUCAGAAUGGUCUGUUAUGUACAUGAAUUGUGAAUCGAAUGAUGCAGAAAUCUGGCUUAAGAGUGCUCUGCUGAAUGAUGAAAGCAAAGAGCAUAUAUUCAACCAAUCGCCUGUAGAGAAAUGCUAUUUCUUAAGUGUAUCCAAAGUUUCAUAUGGGAGGGAGGCUGUAUUGCCCCAUAAUGCUGAACAACCCGUUGACACACCUACGCACAGAUUGGUUGUGCAUGGAUUGAAGGGUGCUUGGACAAAGAGUAACAGAGAUAUAGCCUUUGCGCUGUUUGACACAUUUGUGAAAAACAAACAACUAAAAAAAAAUCUAUCUACUGAGGCUCUGAAAGGUUUCCGGUCAGAGAACACAACAACUCCUCUAAAAACAAGAGGACGACCCUCAGAUGGACAACUUACUCCUCCAUCAAAUACUACUCUCCAGGCGGCUGGUAUCCAAGCAACACCUUCACCCAUGACUAAAAUCCAAUCUGGUCAUGCAGCAAGUAUGUUGCAGCAGCUUAUUGCUGAAGCUGAUAAGAAAUCAGUUGUUUUUAGUGAUGACCUCUCAACUCAAACUCGUGAUCAGAGCCUCCAAGGUGUCACAGCUUGUCAAGAAGAUGAUGUAGUGCACAAAAAUUGGCUAAUCGCUCUUGUGAAUAGCCAAGUUCUAAUGAAAGGAUGUGAGACAAAAGGUUACGUCAUUAUAAGUGCUGCCAAAGCUGAAGUCUUAAAGAGAAUUCAUAGGCCUGCGUGGAGAGAUCACACAUUAGUAUCUAAAACAACAUGGGUUGGGUCAUUGGAAUGUAUGCAGUACUAUGCAACUGUGAGUGCUGGAGAAAACGAUUCAAUAGAUGAAAAUAUAAUGUGGCUCUCAGUUGAAAAUAUACAAGAAAAAGAUUCUAAAGUGAUUGCAGACUUACCAGACUUGCCUCACAUAGUAGGCAGUGGACAGUCUGUAGGAGGAGUUGUCAGUGAGACAGUUGGUGGCAGCAGCACUGGUGACAAUCCAGCUGUACAAUUGCAGCGUAUUGUGUCUCGGUGUAACUGUGAAUUUUUCUAUGUUGGUUAUGGUGAUAGUAGUAUUGACCCUAGUACUCUUGGAGAGGCCCAAGUACCACCAAUCCCUAUAGAUGAGGGGGCACCUUGGGAGAGAAGAGAAAGAGCAGUUGAUGCAUUCACUCUCAUGCACCAUGACCUAAAUGUUAGCACCAACUCCCUGCAGUAUGCUAUGCUUUUGGACAUCAUUAAUAAUCUAUUACUUUAUGUCGAACCACACCGCAAAGAGCGACUGGAUCGUCUUCAACGUCUGAGGUUCCAGUUGCAGUUACUUAGCAGGCAGGAAGACGAGCGCAAGCCAAUUCAACAGCUUCAAAAUUAUGUCCGAAGUCUUGUCUCUAAACUACGACGCCUGGAGAAGGAGACGUAUCUCCUUCAAAGAGCUGUGGUGGAGGAACCAGAAAAUGCUAAUUUUUUGGUUCAGAAGCGAGAGCUAGAAGAGGCAGUAUAUGAUUGCAAAGAAAAUCUAGCGGCAGAGAGUGAAGAGCUUGAUAUGAUGUUGUCAUGUUACAAGGAAAGACAACUUUCAGCUACCCAGAAGGUAGCCACAUCUAGAAAUGACAAACCAAUCACAGCUGUUAGAGCUUCUGAGAUUAGCUUUAAGCAUGCUAAGUGGCAACUAACUGACAGUGAUGGACAACUUGGUAUUGCUGAUCUAAUUCUCAGUAACUUUUUGUACACCAAACAAUCAAAAAGUGAUGACUCUGUUGAGCACUUACUGGAACUGGGAUAUAUUAGUGUUGAAAAUCUAUUACCAAAUGAAACCUACAAAGAAGUUCUAGUUCCAACGGAGAGUCCUAAUAUAAUGCCAGUUGACCGAAAGAGAGCUUUAAGAGUAUUUUGCCGAGAGAAAGCUCCAGUUGCUGGUAUAUCAAUAAUGGAGCAUUUUGAAAUAAAUGUUGUUCCUAUAACCAUUG